CAGAGCAGCGAGACCAGAGCCGGGUCUGCAGUUAACGUGUAUGCCAAGGUCUGGAUCGGACUGCUAAAAAUGUCCACAGACAUCCCAGAGUUGCAGACCUCGGGAGCUGGUGUGCUGCUGGACGUUAACUAGCGCCUGUGUGUCCAGGAGUUUGAUUAAACUACCCGCUGAUCGCACUUUUCUUUAAAUUUGAGGCUAAGAAUGAGGAAAUAAUAUCUUAAAAUUUCCUCAUACACUGCCUCUCCCGUCUUACCCCACCUUCCUUUUUCGAUUUUUUUUUCUUUUCUUUUUUUUUUUUUUGUGGGAAAUGGAAUUUUCUUCUUCUUGCUGGGACUAAAAUGUGAUUCGAAAUCUUUUGUGAAAUGAACAAAAGUCACCAGCAGCCGGACGUCUGGGGCAGAGCGCUGACGGCAGAUAGUGAGCGAGUGCGAAGGCUGGGCCUCAGAGGAUAAUAAGGAGCCGGCUUCAUCCCCGUCUGGUCUCCAUUCCACUCCGUGUUCCAGGAUGAAGAACCCAAUGCUGGAGGCGGUGUCGCUCGUGCUGGAGAAGCUGCUCUUCAUCUCCAACUUCAAGUUCUUCAGUUCGGGCGCCCCGGGGGAAGACAAGGCUGGGAACACUUUAUAUGAGAUCAACUCUUUUCUCCGCGGCGACGUGCUGGAGGUGCCUCGGACACACCUGACGCACUAUGGCAUCUACCUGGGCGACAACCGUGUCGCCCACAUGAUGCCCGAUAUCCUGUUGGCCCUGACUGACGACAGAGGGCUCACGCAGAAGGUGGUCUCCAACAAGCGUCUCAUCCUAGGCGUCAUUUGCAGGGUGGCCAGCAUCCGCGUGGACACCGUGGAGGACUUCGCCUACGGAGCCGAGAUCCUGGUCAAUCACCUGGACAGGUCCCUCAAGAAGAAGGCGCUGCUCAACGAAGAGGUGGCGCAGAGGGCAGAGAAGCUGCUGGGCAUAACUCCCUACAGCCUGCUCUGGAACAACUGCGAGCAUUUCGUCACCUACUGCAGGAUGUCUCGAAAUGCACGGAGAAAGAAUGUGGCAAUGCCGUUCCGCUGCCAGCGACGCCAGAGAGCUGCCCAGUUAUUGCCGCAGAAGUCAUCAGGGGGUCCACCCAGCAUAGUUGAAAUGACAAGGGCAGGUGACUGGGAGGGUCACACAAAACCUGUCGCCUUAUGCUUGCAACUUUACCCAAGAAUUGGCAGUUGGAAGGAAGGUGUCCAGAGUUUAUAUUUAAUCUAUAACACUGUCUAGUACAAAUUGUUGUGCCUUUAAAACAAGGAAGCAUGCCCGUUUUCCCUAUGAGCUGCAGAGAGAGAAUUCUCUUUGCUUAAUAUAAACUACCAAAAUAUCCAUUAGGAAGCCCUCCCUGGUAGGUUUUUUACUCCUGUGGCUGAGCUUGAGGGAAAUCUUCUCCUUGGUAUUCUGCAUUUCUUUUAUGCUGGCUUUAAUCCCCAUUUAGACUUCCCCAUUGUUAAGCAUCCUAUAUCCACUAGCCCCACAGUUGGGUUGGAGUGUUUCAGAGUUCCCCAGAGAUUAAAACAAUUGGUUUUCCAGAAGAGUCAUUAAAUGUUGGAAGGUAAUUUUAUGGGUACUUUAAAAAAGUGGGGGGGGGGGGGACUGUUAGAAUUUAAGAUGAUUAAAUUAGCUACAAAGCCAAAGGAAAAAAUAGUGGAUUUUUUUAUUGCCUUUUGAAACCUUUUAACUUAUAAAAAUCACAUUUUAAGCCUGCAAUUUCAUUUGCAAUUGGAAGUCUUAACCUUCUCUGCAGUUGCUAAAGAGGUGCUGUUACUGUGCAUCCUUCACAAUGAAAAUCUGGGCAACCACAUAAUACAUUUCAUUUAUACUCUUCAUGUUUAGAUAUGUUGGGACCAAAAGAAUCUAAGUCCAUGUAACCAGUAUUUUAUUUUUCCACAUAUAAUUUUUUGACCCACAUGGGAAAAUCUUUCCUCUUUCACAGAGCAUGAAAGUAUAGUGCUUGUUUACAUCCAUAUAUGAAACUCCUUACAGAAUAUUUAUAAAGCCAUAACAGACUCAAUCUAGGAAUUCUAAGUGAAAUAAAAAUACAGUUAAAGCACUGUGCAGUGAUUCAAGAAUCACAGCAUCAGUCCAGGACUGUUUAGAAAUGAGCUUCACCACAUUUACAAACACUGGCUCCAAAAGUGUUCAAAAGGAAACAUGUCAGAUUUACUUACGACCCAAGCAAGUCAUUUCUCUAAGGAAAAACAGUAUUUCCCUCCCAUAAUUAGGAGUUACCCUUUCAUGGAACACAUAUAACACUGUAUUGUAUAUUUCUACAAAAAAAUAGUACAAGUGCUUUUUUAAGGUAGUAAAAUAUUUAAUCUGCAUAAAUAACUAGUUGGAACAGUUUUUCCUCUUUGGAAACUUUUAAAGGUUUUAUAGAAGUAGAGAAGUGCUUUAAUUGCUGUUGCUGCAUAGUACCUCUUGUGAAACUGAGUUUUUGUCUUCACUGUGAAUGGUCUAACAAACAAUUUGGCCACACAGUAGAUUUCCUAGGGGAAAAAAAAAAUCCCCUUCCCAAAUUUUCCAAUUCUAAGGACUGUUUUUGAACAUGCUCUGAGAGAAGUAGGUCAUUAGUUCUGAAGGAGGACUGGCUUUUAUUUUCUAGAAACAUGAGGACUGCCUUGCUUCUGGGACUGGUGAUUGAAUUCUCCACAUAUACAACUGUUAUCAGAUUAACGUGAGAGUUACACAGUUGUCUUACUUAAAUUUGUAUUUAUAAAAUCUCUCAAGAGCACUUUCCCUCGUGAAAACACUACAGUUAAUCAUGUGAAAGUGAACUGGAAGAGAAUCUUUUUUUUUUCACUUUGGCAGUGAUGCUUUUUUUUUUUUUUUAAACAAGCUUAGAAAAUGUAGAAUUAAACCAUUUUAUAAUAAUUUCAGUAUUUCAUAAACUAUAAAGCCCUUUAAUUAGUAACUAUUAUUAUUUCUUAUGCUUUUCUUUUCUUUGCUGGUAUUGCUUUGCAUUGCCAAAAUGAAUACAUGUACCCCUUUUAAUUUGCAGGGAUUUGUUGCUCAAAGGUGCCCCUACAGGCUUCUUAAUAUUAAUCUAGAACUAGAGGGCAUUUCCUACCAUAGAGCAACACCAGAGGUGCCUCCUGGACAGGACAUUAGAAAUGUGAUGAUCCUCUUAUGGGGGAAAGAAAGUCCACAAUGAUUCUAAUUAAUUAAAUAUUAUUGGGAAAAAAAAUUAAAGAAGAAUGACUAUAUCAAGACAGUAUUCAUAUUUAUCUAAAUGUAUGUGUGUAUGUUUUAGUUGUGUCCAACUCUUUGUG